UCCGCUAGUGCUUGUGUCUCAGUAUCCAAUCUAAGUUAUAAAAGUGGACUCAAUUAUACUUAGCGCCACUUCCCAUAUCGCUACUCACUCUUUCUCUCUCUAACGUAGUAACGUGUUUCCCCUGUUCUCUUCUAAGCUCCAAGAAAUGUCAAUUAUAGCACGCAGAGGCAUCCGUUCAAUGCCAAGUCUAAAUGCUGCAAAAGUAUCUACUGCUUUACUAGAGAAAGGCCAAAGUCGUGUCAUAGAUGCUUCACUUACUCUUAUUCGAGAAAGAGCAAAGCUUAAGGGAGAACUUGUGCGUGCUUUGGGAGGUGCUAAAGCAACUUCAACUCUUCUUGGAGUUCCUUUGGGACAUAAUUCAUCUUUCCUUCAAGGUCCUGCAUUUGCUCCACCUCGCAUUAGGGAGGCCAUUUGGUGUGGUAGUACAAACUCAACAACUGAAGAAGGCAAGGAAUUACAAGAUGCUCGAGUGCUAACUGAUGUUGGUGAUGUCCCUAUCCAAGAAAUUCGAGAUUGUGGGGUAGAUGAUCACAGAUUAAUGAAUGUAAUUGGUGAAUCUGUAAAGUUAGUAAUGGAUGAGGAUCCAUUACGCCCCUUAGUUUUAGGUGGUGAUCACUCAAUAUCAUUUCCAGUUAUCAGAGCUGUCUCUGAGAAGCUUGGAGGACCCGUUGAUGUUCUUCAUCUUGAUGCACAUCCGGAUAACUAUGAUGCAUUUGAAGGAAACAUUUAUUCUCAUGCUUCUUCUUUUGCUCGAGUGAUGGAGGGUGACUAUGUUCGACGACUCUUGCAGGUUGGUAUAAGAUCAAUAACAGCUGAAGGGCGUGCACAAGCCAAAAAAUUUGGUGUUGAGCAAUACGAAAUGCGAACAUUUUCAAGAGAUCGCCACUUUUUAGAGAACCUGAAACUUGGGGAAGGUGUUAAAGGUGUUUAUAUCUCAAUAGAUGUGGAUUGCCUAGAUCCUGCCUUUGCUCCAGGAGUGUCUCACAUAGAGCCAGGAGGUCUUUCUUUCCGCGAUGUUCUCAACAUCCUGCACAAUCUUCAAGGCGAUGUUGUUGCUGGAGAUGUGGUCGAACUCAACCCGCAACGAGAUACCGUUGAUGGAAUGACUGCCAUGGUAGCUGCUAAGCUGGUGAGAGAACUGGCUGCAAAAAUUUCUAAGUGAUAAUCUCCUGCCUCCUCAUCUUACUUCAACCCCAUCAUUCCCUGAAGUGCACCUGAAGGAAUAACUUCGCAGAGUGGCAUCAAUUUUCACUACAUUUUACUUGAGGCUUUCAUAGAACAUGAUCAAUAACGCAAGUGUUUUGUAGAACUGUUGGUUUUCUGUUGAGUUGUAGUUGGACUUGUUUUUUGCAGUUUCAAAAUUCUGCAAGGACUUUUCAAUAAUUCACUGAUUGCAUCUUCUGUGAUAAGUUUUGUAGGUGCAAGUCCAUGAUACACAAACUAUUUUCUUA